GACGAUUUCCAGCGCGAGAGCGCGCGCGUUUGUGCGGAAGGAACGAAGAACGAUUCUCGGCUCAAAGCAACGUGCCGGUUAAGAAGAAAGUGAGAAAGUUUAGGACCUUUACUCGGCUUGCUGCUGCUGUUGAUGUUGUUGCCGUUGCUUGUUGGAGCCUCCCUGCUGCUUUGAGAUGGCCUGGAGCGGUUUGAAGUUUGGUACGGUCGUCUGCAAGGGCAUCGGAGGAGCGUGCGCCCAGCUCGUGUUUGGUGGUUGAUGUCCACGUUUAUGCGUUAAUAUCAUCUCGAUGUCUAAUUCUCAAUGCCAAAGCAGUACAAUCUUUAUCUGGUACAUUCUGAGAAGCUCUUUUUAAUCCGAAAGUGGAAUCGGUGUUUGGCGUUAGCGGCAAUGCCUUCGGAUGAGUGCACGGCAUCGUCGUGCAUUUGCCUUUCAUGCCAGGGUCCUAAUCCAAUGAUUGCUCGAUACAUUUAUGGCAUUCUGUUUCUUCUCACCAACAUACUGGCCUGGACUACUCGUGAUUACAGUCAAAGAGCUCUCACCGAUCUUCAUCAUCUAAAAAGAUGCGAAGACGAUGCAAACUGUCUGGGCUCAGAAUCUGUACUCCGCCUUAGUUUUGGGUGUUUCAUGUUUUUCUUUGUGAUGUUUAUGACAACAGUGGGGACAUCUAGAAAAGACGAUCCCAGAGAUAGAUGGCAUUCUGGAUGGUGGCCUGUGAAGAGCAUUUUGUGGAUCACUUUCACAAUCGUGCCUUUUUUCUUGCCCUCGGUCGUCAUCCAGUUAUAUGGAGAAAUUGCAAGGUUUGGCGCGGGGAUUUUCUUGCUUGUCCAAUUGUUAAGUAUAAUUAAUUUUGUAUAUCUUUGGAAUGAAAGUUGGAUGUCUCCUGAGCAUGAGCGACAAUGUUAUAUUCCAUUGGUGGUGGUCCCAAUGACUUGCUAUAUUUUAACUUUUAUUGGAUUAGUAUUGAUGUACGUGUGGUUCACUCCACACGUCACAUGUAGACUAAAUAUUUUCUUCAUUACUUGGACCAUGAUUUUGGUUAUUGUAAUGACAAUUAUUUCAUUGCAUGCCAAGGUUAAUGCAGGUUUAUUAACUUCAGGUGUUAUGUCCCUCUACCUUAUAUUUCUUUGUUGGUCUGCUAUUAUGAGUGAGCCCUUGUCUGCAUCUUGUAAUACAAGAGAACGUCAAACUGGCAAGGCUGAUUGGCUUACUAUUAUUAGUUUUUUGAUUGCAUUUUUAGCCAUAGUGUUUGCCACAUAUACCACUGGCAUUGAUUCUGAGGCUUUCUCGUUCAAGAAAAAAGAUGAAUCAAAAGAUGAUGGAAGUUUGCCUUAUAGUUAUGGAUUCUUCCACUUUGUUUUUGCAUUGGGUGCAAUGUACCUUGCUAUGUUAUUUGUGGGUUGGAAUCUACACCAAACCAUGCACAAAUGGAGUAUUGAUAUUGGUUGGGCUAGUGUAUGGGUAAAAAUUGUCAAUCAAUGGCUUGCUGCUAUAAUAUAUGGUUGGACAAUGAUCGGACCUUUUGUACUCAAGAAUAGAGACUUUAGUUCAUGAAAUGUCCUCAAUACUUUGAAUUAAACAUGGUUGGUUGUAUGUUGUAGACAUCUUUAGAGUCUCAAUUUGCUAAUCAAUGAGAUUGUACUUAGGUGGUUUUUAUUCUUUGAUUUUGUGGGUAAUAUUUAAAUAAAAAAUAAAAAAUACAAAAAAAUCCAACUCCUUGA